AAAUGUAUGUGCCACCUGGAGAAACAGGAAAAGACUGUUUACUGAUCCUGCCCUAUAAAAAGGAUUAUCAUAGAAGUGCAAAAGCCAUCCAACAUGAAAAAUACUUUACUGAUCUAAGCAAAGAAUCUGACAGUCUAGAAUACCAAUCAAACAGUAAAAAAAUUGACACUUUGAUACAGAAGUUAAGUGAAAGUGAAACCCAAAAUACUAAUCUCAGGAGAAAAAUACUUGAAAGGGAGAAACAUGUUAAAGAACUUUCAUCCAGGCUUCAGCUUGAAAAAGUCAAUUUACAGAAAGAAGACUAUCGGUCAAGAUCAGUAAAGGCAGUACAAGCUCACCUGCAAUGUCAAAUUCAAAGAAAGGAAGUGGAAAAUGAUGAAUUAAAAGUGAAAAUACAGACUCUAGAAAAGAAAAUAGCAGAGUGGAAACAUCAAGCUGGUGAAUACAAGCGGCAGAUGUUAGACUUAAGGGAAACAAGCGAGCAGAAGAAGACUGCUCUGAAAAAAGCAAUCAGGUCCCAGGAACAAAGAGCUGAACGCUUUGAAGCAGCUGUGGAAAAUUUAACCUCCAGAAUAAGAGAACAAGACGUCAGACUGUCUGAGAUCCUGUCAGCUUCCAGUGGCUGGAAAAACCAGCAUGAUAGAAUGGUUGAAGGGAAUGAAAAAUUAGAAAUUCAAACUGAAGAUCUUAAGAAGCAGAUCACAAGCAUUUUGGAAGACCUGAAAAGAAAGGAGGAAUGGAGAAGAAACUCAGAUGAAGAAAUUAUUGGAGAGAUAAAUUCUGUUAACUCUGAAAAUGAAAAGUUUUACCUUGAAAAUGGAAAAUUAAAGGCUUCCCUUGCUGCAUUGGAAACCAGCACUGUUUCUGUUGAAAACGAACUGCUAAAUCUGCAAGAAAAGGCAAAGCUGCGUGAAAACCUUGUUGAACAGUAUAAAAAUGAGGUACAAAAGUUGCAAACAGCAGUAGAAGAAUUGAAAUCCAGAUAUGAAAGAGUCUUAAAUGAAAACAAAAGAAUAACAGAAAAUAAAUGCUUAGAAGUAGAUACGGAGGAAGAUAGUGUAACUUCCGUGGGCAGUUACUUCUUAGAAGAUGAAAACAGUAACAUUCAGAAGAAAUAUGAAGAUCUUAAAAGGCGAUUAGAAAAGAUGGAAUUUCAAAAUGAAGAACUUGCUUGUCAACUCAAAAAAGAAGAUGAGAGACUUCAGAGCAGUACAUUGCAGCUUGAAGAGAAAAUUGCAGAAUAUAAUGGAUUAACCAGACAAUUGGAAUCUGCUUUAAAAGAAGGGAGAAAAAUGGUAGCUGAAGAAUUGGAAAAAAUGUCAUACAAAGAAGCAGCCUUUCAGGCAAAAAUGCUAGAGCUUGAAACAGAAGUGAGAAAGAGGCAAGAAGAGAAAAACCAGCUCCUAUGCAUGUUUCACCAUAAUGAAAAGCACCAUGAAGUAUGUUUGAAGGAGCUGGAGAACAGCCUGCAGGAGUCAGAGAACAAGAACCAGAGGAUCCAGAAUUAUGUGCAGUUUUUGAAAGCUUCAUACAUAACAAUGUUUGGCUGAAUUCUUUAAUUUAUUUAAUAACUAAAGAAACUUUUCAAAAUUUGGCUAACUCUUGUUGGAGGCAAGGCUGCUGAGGCCUUUUAGUAUUUUUCAGGACUGAGUACUAUGAAGUUAGUUGUUCCUUGUGAAAGCUUCUGUUAUGGGCAGGGAAAAGCAGGUCAGUCAUUACUGUGUAUCCUUCCAGCUGGUCACAUACAGAAAAUUUACCUGGUAUUACUGAUCUAAAGAAUUGUGUUACUCAUGGACCAGAAGUGAAAAGGCAUCUUGCAUGACAGUAGUGACAGGUGUGUAAGUGUGGGAUAUGCACACAAAGUUGUAAAUUGGCCUGUGAAUUUACCAUGAGUUAGGUCCUGUGCUGUGAAAUCUGAAGUGUGUCCUUGGAGUCUCUGGUAAACGCGGAUGAUCACAGCCUACUUUCAGUUCCCAUGGGGGAAGGAACACCCAUGGACUGGUUGCACAGCAACUUGCAUAAUUUAAUUAUGCAGCCACUAUACUUCAGUUACUCUAGGUAUCUAGUUGUCCAAGAGAAUAUCUGUCCUUUUAAGAGAAGCAAGAAUUUAGAGAGCAUUAGGUUUCCUUCCUGUCUUUUCCCUGUAGCUCGGCACUCCUGCACUGCAUGAAAUAGUUGCCACCACAAGGCUGUCCCAUCUAGCCUUUUUUCCACAUGUCCCAUUAUGAUCAGGAGUAUCGUUUUAGAAGUAUAGGUAGGAAAUUAUUUUAGAUAUAGAUAUAACUUAAGCUCUGAAAGUUACAAUACACCCUUUUAUGAUGACACAGCUCUGGUGAAGGUAUUUAUUUGAGAAGACUGGCUUAUGCCUCAGGAUAAACACAUAAAUGUUCAGCUGAUACAAGCCUAAUACUAAAAAGAAUUCUGACUGAGAAACUGAUUGUUCAUAGAUAGUUGUUUAUAGCACUGUGGUAAGAUUUUUGAAAAGUACAUUCAGGUAAGUUAAAAUAUGUAAUUUAUAAUGUAUAUUUAAUAAUACAUAUUUUUAAACUGAAAACAGGAGUUACUUCAUACACUGGCAAUACCUGUUUGUUAAAUGUAGUAUGCCAUUGUUAUUUAAAAUGUGUAAAAAGCUGAUGUUAUUUUUUUCUUUUUUUUCCAAAUGUUUAUCCAUCCUAACAAAUAUUGAUAGGCCAUAAUGAUUUGCUUGUGUGCACUUUUAAAAAAUAAACUUAUAAUUUAUUAUAUAUGA